AUGCUUACAUUGGACGUGAUUGUGUCGACAGUUUACAACACUUUGUUGAACCCGAAACUCACAAUCCCGAUACUUUGCGGAUAUGCUUACCUUCAUCCGGACAAACUCUCCGUGACGUUGCGGGGAGCGGAAAAUCAACUGAUUGUGGCGAGUCCAUCAGUUCGAAAAGCAGGCUACUUGAUCCUUGCAAGUCUUGUACUCCGCUUCGAGAAGUAUUUGUCCCGACGCGCAAUGAACAAUGGUGUAUCAGACACAUAUAGUUGGGAAAAGGAAAUCGUCGUCGUAACGGGUGGUGCGGGUGGCAUUGGGGGCGAGCUUGUCAAGCAAUUGGCUGCCAAAGGGACCAGGAUCGCAGUCCUGGACGUGUUGCCUUUGUCGUAUUCGAAGCGUAAGAUCUGUACCCAUGCUUCAACAGAAUCUUGA